AUGGGGUCUCUGUUCGCCGAUUUUCACGAAGCCCAGCGCGUAGGCGAUGGCCGAUUGCUAGCAUCAUGCCUGGCGCCCAUAGACACCCAGCGCGAUCCCUACCGGCUCCAGUCAUUGGCACAACUUUCCAACUAUCAGACGGUCUCGGCUGACAUACGCUACCACCUGGUCCAGGAUAGAAAUGCUACGAAACUUCCCAAGUCUGAAGCCAACGCCUGGGUGGAUAUUCUCGUCGCCCUCUGGAAGUGUGUCAAAGAACUCGUUGGGCUACGCUCGGGUAAUGGCUCUGGUGACUGGUUCAAGGCAUUCGAUGCUUACAAGGAAUUGUGCAACCAUCUCGUCAGGGGCUACACCAAUUUCGGCUUCCAAUCGUGGACAGUGCCGUGUCUCUACGUUGCAGGGAAAUACAUUCGCAUGAUUGCCAUGAGAGCAGACAGUGAGGGCAAAGCCAAGGAAGGCGGUGGAGAUGUUUUCACCAGCGGCUUCUCAGACGAUAUCAUAGGUGACACGAACAAGAAUGACAAACUCGAACAGGCAGCGUGGACAAUCAACCGCAUGUUCACGGUCUGCUUGAGCGAUAGGGCCGAGCUGUCCGAGUCGAGGAAAUGGGGCAUUUACAGCACAACCAACCUGCUCUUCAAAACGUACUUCAGGCUCAAUUCAAUCUCCCUUACGAAGAACGUCAUUCGUGCCCUGGAAGCCGCAUCAGAUGACCUGCCACCCUUGGAACUCUUUCCGAAAUCUCACCGUUGCACCUUCAAGUACUAUCGGGGUGUCAUCGAAUUCCUGCAGGAGAACUACACUGAAGCCGAGCAGAACCUUACCGAGGCACUCGACCUCUGCCACAAAGACUCACUCAAGAACCAAGAACAGAUCCUUACCUACCUCAUCCCUGCGCACAUUGUAAACAAGCAUCAACUUCCUAGUAAAGCCGCGCUGUCUCCACAUCCUCACCUCUCAAAGAUUUUUUCACCUCUGUUCGCCGCCAUCCGUACCGGUUCCCUUGCCCAGUUCGAUGAAGCUCUCUCAGCAGCCGAACCCGAACUAGUCCAGAGGCGCAUCUACCUGACCCUCGAACGAACGCGAGACAUUUGCCUGCGCAAUCUAUUUCGCAAGGUCUACUUGGCGGCUGGGUGGGAAGAGACCAAAGAUGCCGCGACCGGAGAGGUUACUGGUAGGAUCCGUCGCACGAGGAUUCGUAUCGAAGAGUUUGAGGCAGGAAUGCGGGUAGGCUAUAAAGGCGCAAACGAGGUGCUAAUUGAUAGGGAUGAGGUGGAGUGCUUUCUGGCGAAUAUGAUUUAUAAGCAUGCUCUUUCAAUGGUGCGUUGGCACGGAAAGUUGCACGGCACGACGGUCGCCUAG